AUGAGCUUGCUCUUCCUCCCCCUCUCUCAAUGGCGCAUUCCGCCAGAGCUCCUCCAGGAACUCUCCAAAGUCAUGAUCCCUAAUGGAGUCGCCGACUACGCCGCUCUCACGGUUCUCUCCAUGGCCGGCGCCACGUACCUCUCGCGCGGCUUCCUCUGGGACCAACCGGACCCCUACGCACAUCUGGCCUUUGAGCGACCGCAGCUGAAGUACGGGUCCGGCGCCGGAUCCGGCAGCAAGGAGACGCGGAAUAUCGCGCAGAAGCUGGCCGAGACGGAGAAAGACCUCGUCGUGUUCUGGGGCUCGCAGUCCGGCACCGCCGAGGGGUUCGCGAAUCGUCUGGCGCGCGAGAUCUCCCUGCGGUUUGGCGUGGGGGCGUUCUCGGCGGAUUUGUCUGACUUUGACCCCGAGAGCGUGGCGCAGAUCCCCGACUCGAAGGUCGUGGUGUUUGUGCUGUCGACGUACGGCGAGGGCGACCCCAGUGAUAACACAGCGGAGUUCUGGGACUGGGUGAAUAAGGCGAAGACAGAGGAGGUGAGCCUGGGUAAUCUGAGGUAUUUUGCCUUUGGCCUCGGGAAUAGUAACUACAAGUACUACAACCGGGUGGUGGAUGUAGUCGUGGAAUCGCUGGACCGGCUGGGCGCGAAGUCCCUCAUGCCGGUGGGCAGGGCGAACGAUGCCGAAGGCGCCACGCAGGAGGACUUUAUCGGCUGGAAGGAGGCCCUGUUCUCCGAGUUCACCCGCCAACUGAGGUUCGAUGAGAAGGAGUCGCAGUACGAGCCGACGCUGGCCGUCCAGGAAGACGGGUCCCUAGAGCCGAUUGACCUGCACCACGGCGAGCCUGAUAAUCGAGACUCUUCGCGGAUCACGGCGCAGUGCUCGCCCGUACGGCCGCUGGACAUUGCCUCGUCCCGGCAGCUGUUCGAGUAUUCCGACACGCAGCAGCAGCGGGAGCAGCGCCACUGCCUGCACAUCAAUCUGGACCUGACCAGCCACCCCGAACUCAGCUACAAGACCGGCGACCACCUGGCCAUCUGGCCGGGCAACCCGUCUGACGAGGUCGAGCGCCUCCUCCAGGCGCUCGGACGAUCCGCCCGUCGCGACGUCCCCAUCGGCAUCAAGUCCGUCGACCCGGCCACGAAGGUCAAGAUCCCGUCGCCUACGACGGCGGCCGCACUCUUCCGAUACUACCUGGAGAUCUGCGCGCCGGUGAACCGCGACAACGUGCUCGGCCUGGCGCAGUUCGCGCCUACGCCGGCCGCAACGACCUAUCUGGUCGAGCUGGGCCAGGACAAGGCGCGCUACGCCGCCUUCCUCAACCGCACUCACGUCAACCUGGGCCGACUGCUGCAGCUCGCCAGCCCGGACGCCCCCUGGAGCGAGCUGCCCCUCUCCUUCCUCGUCGAAACUCUGCCCUCGGUCCAGCCCCGCUACUACUCUAUCUCUUCCAGCAGCGUGGUCUCCCCGCGCAAGGCCUCCAUCACCGUCCUCGUCUCGUCGACGCCUGUCCCUGAAUCCCCCGAUCAACUCAUCCACGGCGUCACCUCCAACUACCUCCUCGCCAUCUCCCAGACCCGCCAGUCCUCAUCCUCCACACACCCGCACGGCCUAACCUACCACCUCACCGGCCCCAAUGACGCCCUCACCGGCGGUAAAGUCUUCGCGCAUCUCCGCAAAAGCCGCUUCAAACUUCCGCGUCUCGGAAGCUGCCCUCUCAUCAUGGUCGCCGCAGGGACCGGCAUCGCGCCCUUCCGCGCCUUCAUCGCCGAGCGGCGCCAACUGCAACAAAUCGGCCGGGAGAUCGGCGAGAUGAUCCUCUUCUUUGGCUGUCGGCAUCCGGACGAGGAUUUCCUGUACCGUGAGGAGCUAGAGACUUUGCAGACGGCACUGCAGGGUAAGUUGCGUGUCGUGACGGCGUUCUCGCGGACGGGUGGCGAAAAAUGCUACGUGCAGGACCGGGUCCGGGAGAAUGGGGACGAGAUGGUACGGUUAAUGGACGAGGGGGCGAACUUUUAUAUCUGUGGACGGGCGGGCAUGGCGAGGGAGGUGGAUGAGGUGGUCGGCGGGGUUAUGAGGAAUGCGAAGGGGUGGGAGGACGAGGAGCUGGUGAACGAGUGGCGGAGGGGGAUUAAGAGACGGAAUAAGUGGCAGGAGGAUGUGUGGGGGUAG